CCGAAAUUCACUUCACAGUCCACUGCAUCUGCAACCCUUUUCCCUCCAUAAUCGAGGUUUAGGGUUUUUUUUUUCUUUUCAUUUUGGCUUCUUUUGAUUUAAAACGUGCAAUGGCAUCAUUCUCACAAUAUUAAAUCCAACAUAAGCACGUCUUGUUUUGCUUCUCGUUGAUAAUUUCACGUUCUUAUAAUGUUUGUUUCCUGAGAAUUUGCUCCAAAAAGGGGGAAAAAAGAAAAAAAAGAGAUCAGUCUAAAAAGCAAUGGCGGCGGAGUUUCCUGGCACUCCAGGCACUUCAGAGUCGAGUGUGGCGGACGCGCCACUGGAGGAUGUUCAAGUAUCACGCUGCUGUCAAGUGUGGAAAAACAAAUAUUCGAAGGCAGAAAGGGGGCGAGUUUUUCUAAAGCAGGGAAUUCGUAUACUUGAAAAAGGAUAUGAUGAUAUUCAAGCUGAGAAUUUGACUCUUAAGAAAGCAUAUGAAGAAGAACAGGCACUAACGAAGGUAGAGAAAGAGGGCAGAGAAAAAGAAUUGGCUUUAAGAGUUUCAUUAGAGAAUGAGUUAUCUGUUUUAAAGUCGGAGAUAUCCAACUUAAAGAAAAAAGGAGUUUCGGAUAUUGAAGAGAAAAUUGAAGAAAUAAAGCAUCUUAAAGCUAGAGUUUCUGACAUGAAUAAGGAAAUAAGCUGGCUCAAGGAGCUUGUUGAGAAAGAGAAGAAGAGGGCAGAUUUGGAAAAGAGGAAAGCUGCUGAAGCAUCAACAUAUGCUGCAACUGAGAGGGGUAAGGCUGGUGAAGAACAUAGGCUAAAACAAUUGGAGACACUAAGGAAAGAUGUUAGUGAAGCAAAAUCCAAGUUGGAUUCAGAGAAGUCAAAGAUUGACGAGGAAACUAAGAAGCUACAAGAAGAGAAAAAGAAGGCAGUUGAAGAAAGAAAGUUUGUCGAUUUGGAGAUGGCUAAAGCAAGCGAGUUGAGGAAGAUUGCUGAAGAAACUAAGAAAAAGGCUGUUGACGAAAGAAAAUGUGCUGAUUUGGAGAUGGCUAAAGCAGAGAAGCAGAGGAAGAUUGCUAAAGAAACUAAGAAAAAGGCUGUUGAAGAAAGAAAACGUGCUGAUUUAGAGAUGGCUGAAGCAGUGAAGCAAAGGAAGAUUGCAGAAGAAAACAUGAAGAAGGCUGUUGAAGUAAGAAAACAAGCUGAUAUUGAGAUGGCUAAAGCAGAAGAGCAAAGGAAGAUUGCAGAAGAAAAUAAGAAGGCUGUUGAAGGGGCCAAAGUGGAGGAACAAAGGAAGGUUGUAGAAGCAACUAAGAAGAAAGCUGUCAAAGAGAAGCUGCACAAUAAUAAUUUGACCAAACAGCUAGAACAGGCCAGGAGAAGGAAUGAAGAACUACAUAAAAAUUUACAUGAACUUUCUGGCUCAAGAAAUAUGGAGGAGGCUCCUUUUGACCAACCUGAUCGAAAUACGAUUGCUGCAAAAACAGAAAAGACAGCACAAUUCAAGGUGUUGAAGGAAGAUGCAGACAAGUCAAGGGCAGUUUCUGGUUCUUUACAAGUUGAGGAUAUUGGGAAAGAGAAGACUAUUAGUGAGAGAAAAAAAGCAGAUUCAAACACGAGGAAAGCAGAAAAGAAAAGAAAGCUUGUGGAAGUGAAUACAAAGACGAUGAAAAGAGAACACCGUGGUGAUCAUCUAUCAAAGCUGUUAGAAGAUUCUAAGCUGAAGAUUAAUGAACUGCAGAAGCAGAUACAUGAACUCUCAUCCAAUGAAAAAAAGAUUGGUGAAUUGUUUGUUUCAUCUAACAAUGGCAUUAGUGCUGAAGUAGCAGAAGUAAAGCUUUUGAAAAAACAACUGAAGUUUGAGAAGGAAAGAGUAAAGCAUGCAAAAGAUGUUGGUAGGCUGGAAAAAUGUCGUAGUAAUCUUUUGCAGCAAGAAUUAGGUUGCAUGAAGCUCAAGUUAAUUCAACUUUUGGACCGUUUGGAUGCUGUAGAUAAUUGUUUCUUAGCUCCUGCUGAAGGUAUAUAUGACAUGGAAAAGGCUGGGGACUUUUCAAGUAUACAACGAACAAAGUUGAAAAAAAAAUUGCGCAGCUUAGAAUUACGGCAAACAUGUCUUCAAACUGAAAAUCAAUUUCUUAAGACUAGGUACAUGGAUACCACUGCUUCCAAUCCUCUUGGGGAAACAUUUCGACUUGAUGACCAUUUGCUUCCUAUACGAGGAGGGAACUGUUGUGAAUCUAUCACAGGUAUUAAUGCUAAAUUGGAGUCUCUAUUUGGAGGCUCUAAUAAAACAAUGUUACAGAGUUCUGCAAUAAAUUCCAGUACAGCUUAUUUUUCUGAUAGACAGUUGGUGGGGUCACAGGAAAGGGGUGCUCAUUCAGUUACCACAUCAGCAAAACUGGGUGAAGAGAACUUAAAUUUACAACCAACUGUUUCAAGCAUGUCUGGUGAAGUUAUGAAAAAUAGGUGCAGUGAAAAUCCCGCUGUGGUUGCUGAGAAUAGUGUUAAAAGUCCUCUUGGAAGAGUUAAGGGCCGUGUUAGGAAGAGAAAAAUGAUGCUUGAUACUGUAGAAUGUAUUAAAACUUUGUGCUGUGAGAGUAAGAAGUUGCAUUUACAGCUUGAGGACAAUAUUUCUGUUUUGCAUGGUAUGGUACAAAUGGACAAACCCAGUGAAGAAGCAAAAUCUUUGAGAUGUAACCUGCAAGAUAUUGCAUAUUCUGUGCAUGAUAGAUCUCGUAAGAGAAGAAAAGUAUCUCAUGAAGAGACUUUAGCUAUGGAGCAAUAUUGUGAUGGUCAGCAGAUUAAGCAGAUGCAAGGUUGCUCUGAACAUUUGUGCAACCCUGAUACUAUUGAUCCUAAAACUAUGGUUGGUUUUGAGGAAAUAGUCUACAAAAACUAUAUGAAAUUGCUGGAUUUGGAUGAUGCUGCAGAGGAAGAAUGCUAUAGGAUGGCAGUAGAAAGGCCUGUAUCUCCAACACUUCCUGAAAUGGAAUUUCCUGGCAUCAAAUCAUUCGAGGUCGAUGAAUUUAGACCAGUACAGGAUGAGAACUGUGAAAGAUUCUCUCUUGAAAAUGAAAAUCCUGCAUCUUCUGAUAAGUUUGAUGUUAUGAAUUUGAACAGUUCCAUUCAGUUGCAAUGUAGUAGGGUUGACACUUCACCUAAAUUACAACAUGAGAAUGGGUGUUCUUUUGGUUCCUUUGACUUUCUAAAGCGUAAUGAGAAGGGUUUUUGCAGUACUUUGCUAGUGGAAAGAGCUAUUUUAAGCCAUUCCCAGAACUCUGGAGUGGACGUGGAGAUGUCAGUUGCUCCUAGUUCUGGAGAUGGAGUGGUGAACAUUCCAUCUGAAAGUGAAAUUAGAUCCACCAUUGAAAGUACUCCAAAAUGUGUUAUGUUCUCUGACAUCAAGGAUGAUAGCAGUCUCUCUAGAAUUUUUCGUGCCACUAAAACUUGUAUGGUUCAAUGCUCUUUGCCUGCUUGGAAACAGUUUGUUGUGCAUAGAAUUUCACAUGCUCUUAAACUGGAAGAGGAGCUUUUACCCAGGGAGAAGGCUUGUGUAUUUUUCUCAUUGGUACUUCUCAACUUCUGUACAGCUACAUCUAAGAACUGCUCUCUGCUUAAGGAUUUCAUACCCUGUUUACACUUGUUUGCUGAACACAUUAAUGAAGUGAUUUCUGAUGCUGAGGCUAGAAGUGUGGUGGAUGAAUUAUGUUUGGAUGAACUGCUUAGUUUAAUUGAGGAAUUUCUUAUAGAGGGGAGAGUUAUGUUGUGUGCUGCCCCGUCUUCUGAGACUUCUGUUGAAUGUGAUUCAAGAAGACAUGCCAUUUUCGAUGGUUCAGCAGUAGUAUUUACACAUGAAGCUGCUUCAGCUGACCUUUUGGUGGCCGGUAGCAUUAUAUUGGGUUCAAUUUGUGCGGCUGCUGACCGAGCCGGCUUUCUUUGUGAAGCUGCAUAUAGCAUUUUCCGGAUGCACAGAUAUGAUACCUCGGUGGUUCUGGUUAUUCUUCAUGCGUUUGCUUAUGUGGGUGGCAAUAAAAUGUUCACCUUAGGAAAUUAUAGUUUAACAAUGACUGUAUUGAAAUCGAUAGUCAUGUUCCUUGAAAGUGAACGUGCACCGAUGGCUACAGCGACUCAUUCGUUUGUGGGUGAUGUUCUACCUCAGUUCCAUGCAUGUGUUGGAUGCCCAUUUUCUAAGGACGCCCUUUCUGUAGAUAUUGUCAUCUCAUUGCUCUUCACAAAGCUUCAGAAUUUUGCCCGGUCAGGAUUUAUGCAUCAAAAUCUGAAAGCAAAUUCAUCGAAUUCAAGUGUCAUGUCCAUUGAGAAUAUGGCUGAACAAAAUUUGAGCUGUCUCCUUGACAUGAAUGUAUCCUGUUGUUUAGAUAAGUGCAGUUUGGCUGGUAUACGGUCUGGAUCAGUUGUCACUGAGACCUUGUGUGACAUCAGUGACAUCUUAUCAUUGAUGGAGCUGCUUGCAUGCAAUAUGAGCUGGAACUGGACAUGUAAUAAAAUCAUUGCCCAGCUAUGGAGUACCUUGGAGUCAUCUGCUCUUGAGAACCUUAGUGUUGCUAUCGUUAUUCUUCUUGGUCAACUUGGGAGAAUUGGAGUGGAUGCUGUUGGAUAUGAAGAUAAAGAGGUCAAAAACUUGAGAACGAAGUUAAACGCUUUCUUGUUGCGGGAGACUACUAUUAGAGCCGGUCUUCCCAUCCAGCUUGCGACUGUUGCUGCUUUGCUGGGGCUUACAUCUCUCGAUUUGAACAAUAUUGAGCUUGUUUCUACCAUGUCAGGUCAGUUUGUUCCUGCAAAUCUUUUAAAGAACUGGUUUCCUUUGUUGACCGAAGAGCAACAAGCAGUAUCGAUUAGGCUCUUCCAGUCUGUUGAUUGAAAUUAGUUGCAUCAUGGACUUGCACAUGGAAGUUUGAUAUGCAAGUUGCAAAAAUUUUAAAAUCAGGGUACAUUCUUUUGUUGAAUGAAUAUUUUUGCAGAAAUCAGUAGUUUCUCCUCACUUGGUAGGUUUUUGGGUUAACCCAUUUGUUUCGGUUUCAUAUGUUUACUUGUUCAUAAGUAGUAUCGAGGCGUAAUUGUAUUCUAUCGCCACACCUUCAUGUUCAAAGAAAAAAAAGAAGGAAAAUUCAACUUUCGAA